UAUUAAAGGAACCGAGACCGUGUGACCGGCUGCUGCGCUCAAACAAACAACUCAGGAAGUGCUACCAAGUGUUUCUGGUCCUACAGGAAGUGAAAAGAGACUGCAUCAACUGCUACUCAGGAUGGCCAAAGGUGACCCUCGGAAGCCCAAGGGCAAGAUGUCCGCCUACGCUUUCUUCGUUCAGACCUGCCGUGACGAACACAAGAAGAAGAACCCAGAUGUCCCGGUCAACUUCUCUGAGUUCUCUAAGAAGUGCUCCGGAAGGUGGAAGACCAUGUCUCCCAAGGAGAAGUCGAGGUUCGAGGACCAGGCCAAGCAGGACAAGGCUCGCUUUGACCAGGAGAUGAAGGGUUACACACCCAGCAAGGGUGCGGGCAGGGGCAAGAAGGCUCGGAAGGACCCCAACGCCCCCAAAAGACCCCCGUCUGGGUUCUUCCUCUUCUGUGCUGAGCAACGCCCCAACAUCAAAUCCCAGAACCCCAGCUUUGGCAUCGGGGACGUGGCUAAGAAGCUGGGCGAGAUGUGGAACAACCUGUCCGACUCCAGCAAGCAGCCCUACGUGGCCAAGGCCAACAAGCUGAAGGAUAAGUACCAGAAGGACAUGGCAGACUACAGAGGGAAAGGCAAAAUGGGCGGGGCGUCCGCCUCCAAAUCGAAGAAGGCUGCGGACGACGACGAUGACGACGAGGAAGACGACGAGGAGGAAGACGACGAUGACGACGACGACGAUGACGAAUAGCUGGCCGUUCCUUUUCUAGACACUACUUAUUUUCUUUUUCCGCCCUUCGAAUGGUUCGGGGGUUACGAAAACACUGGCUUUAAGUUUGUACGGGAUCACCUUACUGUAAGACCACCGUAGGCCGUUCAGAGUCCCAGCUCUGCAGCCCGCGGAGGUCCUGAUCCUUGUUGACAUCUACAGAACCUAAGGGUUGCAUGACCUGUGACGGUUCCCCUUUCUCUGCAGGCCAGUGUUCUCCUGACCCCUCCUUCUCCAGACAGCCCUGUCUGUGCUAGUAGGACUCCUCCCCUUAUUUAGGAUUUGUGCUGUGUAUAUAUUACGGUGUUGGAAUAGAUGUAGGGUUUGUUUUGAGUGAGAGGCCAUGGUUUGGAGAAAGAAGCCCUGGGAGGUCGUGACCCCGACCCGUAGGAAGAGAGGGGUUUAAGAGGUCAAAUGUUUUUAACCCCACCCCUCUCCCUGACCCCCCCCCCCCUGCUCUCUCCUGGCUCUCCCUAGUCUCUCCCUGAUCCUCGCUGGGCUCCCCCUUGGUCUCUCCCCAGUUAUCCGCCCCUGGGAGCUCAUUCAUAAAACUAUGAGUAGAUUUCACGGAAAAACGUUGCGUGCGAACAAAACACAAAGUGCGUGCGCACAAAUGUAUUCAGAUUUAUAAAACACAUGCACAUUCCGCUCAACAUGCACGUUUUCCGUUAUAAAUCACAACUUGCUGGCAGUUAAGUGCACGUACGCAAGUGUUUCGUCCCACCCAAGUAACGCCCAUAAUUGCUUAUAAAGGGUCAAAUUAAUAUGAAUAGGGUUAGGGUUUGUAACACUUUCAGGUGUGAUAAUUGCACUGACUGUCAUUGACAAUUACAGGGCCAUUAUCACAUUGACAGUUAUGCGCAACGAAUAUGUGAAAACACAUGACACUGAGCAUUCCUGACUAAAGCAACGGCAUCAGUUUAAACCAAAUGUGUCCAUAUGUUCACCUAAUUAUUUAUGAGAAUACAUUUCAUAACAUGCAAGUGUUGACUGAUUAUCGAUCCAAUUAAAUAUUAUUCCAGAUUAAACCGUACACAUAUUGGAGGGGUUAUUUUGCAUGAACAGAUAUCUCGUUUGUAUCUAUUGGAAAUCAUGUAUUUUGUGCGUGCACUCUAGUGAACUCUUCAAAUGUAACACGUGUGAGGUUAUCUUUUGAUUUCUUUUUCACAAUGUUAUCAACUUGAAGGCUUCUCUCGAGUUUCAUCCUCCUGCCAUCGGAGUCGCAGUUUCCCAUUUCUCAAGGUUUUGUGCAUACGUAUGGGUAACAGAGUGCGUGGAGGACUCACGUCAAGUUUGUUUUUAUAAAUUCUAAAGUUUGCCGUACAAACUGGUGUUUGCAUUAAUUGUGCGUACGCAAUGUUAAUAAAUGAGGCCCCCGGUCUCCUCCCUGCUGUCUCCUUGCUCGGUCACAAAUAUCAGGUCUGUGUUUUGAAUAUUACGUUUGGAUGGACCGCUUUAGGUUGAAGGUAACCUUGUGCUAAUGAACGGAAGGUUUUGACACCUGUAAUGUAUUAUAUGUUUAGGGUGGUUCCAAAUAAAGUACUAGAUUUUUA